UUUUUCCCAGAAUGACAACAACGUCGGUUUUGUUCCUUUUUCUCUCGUUCCACGUCGUCGCCCCUUACUCAUUCCCCUUCGAACUGUUCAACACAGACGAAAGAUCAUGCUACACCAAACCCUCCAACUACGAAGUGAGAGCAGUUCUGAUACCCUGUCAUCCACACCCCCACCAGCGUCGUCGGUAUUGCGGUCAAGCCGGGAAAUUGCAAGGGUUUGACUCCAACGUGUGCGAACAGGGCAAGCUGAAGAACUGCGUUAAAAAAGUGGCGAUCACCGUUAGAAUGACCAAUGUGGGUCACACGAAUUGCGAGAGCCAGUACGUGGUGGUGGAUGAAGUGUACGAUUGUCAGACUGACACCAAGCAGAAAUUGCUGUACCCGUAUGUAUUGAAGAUAAAGCAAGAGCCUCUGCUUCAGACUUAUAGGUUGGACUGCGAGAGCAGCGUUAAAGAGAGGUGCAGAGCUAUGGAAGGCAUGGACGAUGGUGGUAGGAAGUAUUCCAGACGUAGAAAGAAGCCAUGGAUGCAGAAGAUACCGUGGGUUGAGUGCGACAAUAGAUUCACUUACACCAUACAGAAAGUUAAGAGAAGCGCUAGAUCUUAUGGGGAUAUGAAUAAUUAUUAUCAAAGGCAGAUGGCUAACACCAACCCAUACCUUUCUGGAGGUUAUCCGAGAAGUUAUUACGAAAACGAACCAAAUCAUCAAGAUAAGGUCCCUCAAUAUAACUACGGCAAAUUCUCCAAUUAUUUAAAGGAUUAUGGAAAUGCAAAUAGAAGAAUCUGUCCUGUAGAUGAGGUGAAUGAUAGACAGAAAAGGAUUCUUCCUGGUGGAAACGUCAAUAGUGCCCCUUUUGGUAUAGAAGGAGAAAAAGAUGUUCUCAGUAGCAUUGAGCUUCCCAUCAAAUCGCCGACGAAUACAGGGUGUGACAGUUUGGCUGGUUAUUCCUCCCCCAACUACCCCAUGGUACCAGUACCAAAGUCGAAUUGCUACGAAAACUGCGCCUUAUGCAACAUGAGAUACUACAUAUACAAACUUCAAGAACCAAUAGUGAAACACCACUUUUCCUUAGAAAUCUUCGAAAAACACCACGACAUCACCGGCGGCGUGCAGUGGAACAUGGUGACGGACGACAAACCACUCUUCCUAGGCACUUACGACACCGAAUUCUGGGGAGGAAACGACACUUUCGUGGCCGGCUACAGCUCCAAGGAACCGCCGCUGAGAAACUUCGCGCUCCCCUUCGAUUGCGUCAGGUUGCUGAUACCGCAGUUCCCGUACCUCAGAGGCGGAGCCGGACGCUUCCUGCUGAUCCCCGAAGGAAUGUUCAUCAGGAAACAGGAAUGCUUCGAUUCGUCCGGCGUGCAUUACGGCGCGCAUGAAAAAUACGUGACCAAGAGCAGCGCCCUGAAGUACCCCCCCAAGUGGUUCUGGUGUCAGGAUUACAAACGCGAGCGGCGUGGAUACAGGGGCAACUUCUUCCUGAAGAACUUCGCGAAGCUGCCGCCGGUACCGCUGCAUAACACCACCGAUUGUUUCCAGAACUUGACGUUUUACUACGAGGGGCCGCAUCAGAGUUUCAUAAGCAUCGAGAUCAAGGCCGAUUUCAAUAUGAUGUUGAAGCCUCAUAGUUCUGCCGUCAUUACCGAAGUGUACGUGGAUGCCACGCAUUGUGAGAAGACUGACAUCACGGUGAAAGUGACGAAUACGGGGUUGGUCUACGCGGCUUUUUACGUGUUUUUGACCGACUGCCCUUUGCGUCUUCCAGCUGGAUUCAGCAAUAUAGCCACCAGUUCCGCCGUCAUUCCACCGCAACAACAGCAUAUUUUCGCGAUAACAGUGUUGUUCCCGUUGCCUCAAAAGAAGUUUUACUGCUCGGUGGACGUGAAGAAUUACAGACACGACGUUUUGGCGUUCAGGAGGAUACGUUUUCAGAAGAGCGACAGGUGCAUUUGUAUAUGGCACUGUUGCUGCACAUGUUUAGAGGCUGAUAAAGGUCUGAAAUGUCAUCCACUUCCCAUUGAUCAUUACAACGCCGCUGGUUUUUACGGCGGUUUACCCAUAGCCUCCAAAUACAUAAUGUCGACAUCCUUCGUCGAGGAAUACCUGGUUCUGAUGUUCAAUCUAUGCUUAACUAUGACGCUCUUGUUGUUGAUCUUGGGUGUCCUAAAAGCGGUUAUAGGUUUGUGUUAUCCACCGAUCGGAAGGUUCGGAAUGGAGUGGUAUUUGGGGCUGCCAAAGUCGAUCGAUAGGUACUACGAGUCCAAUUUGACGAUGACGCCGGCGCAGUACGAUAAGUUAGGUUGGCCGAUAAACCCGGACGCGAAGAAACGUUGUAGGCCGACUUCGAUAUCGGUGGAGUUUACCAUAAAUGUUUUCUUUUUUCUGUUGUAUCCGUUGGUUUUGUUGCACGCGGUCGUGGUUAAGGUUUUCACGCCGGAAUAUUCUAACGAGAAUCUCGAUAGUAAGGUUAGGAACGCGAAAUUUCAGCAGUAUAAGAAGAAGCCUUGUCCAUGUCCGAUGAUCACUCCUCCAAAGAGUCCUAAAUCGUGUAUGAAGAAGUGUAAGAAAUAAAUAUUGACGAGUUUUCUGGUCCGAUUCUGAAUUUUGAAACAUUGUUGCUUUCAGUAUAAGUAUUU